UUGAACAUAGCUUUUGUAUCAUCUAUAUAUAAAGGGUCGUGACAUGUCGUGAGGAUUCGUUGCUAUUCGCAAGCUAUCGCGUGUGUGCGUUGCGCGGAGCAUACAUAGGGCCUAUAUAUCGUGCAGGAAUCGAGAGCGUCGAAACACGAAGCGAGAUCAGACUGACUUUACGAAAAUCGAUCGGCGCUCAUCGUCGUCGGGUUAGCGACGCCUGCAAAGCGUGUCCAUUGCAACGACGCGGUUACGAGAAAGCACGGCUGACCGGCUCUCUCUUAUCACUUUCUGUCUUGCUCUCUCUUUUCCUGCCAGAGAACAACCCUCCAAAUGUCGAGAAAGCUUUCGUGUUCUCUGAAACGAAUAUUCAGUCAGUUCGCGAAACAGUGCAAAAGAACAGUGUUCGCGUAAACGAAAGGUGAAAAUUCUUCUAUCUCGUCCCUUUAUAAUUGAUUAAAAUCGGGUAACGGAUGUUGUCCAAAAUCCAAAAACAUAUAAACGGAGAAACGAAGAAGAAGAAAAAUGAGUUCCUUCAUGGUACGAUGAAAAGCUUCCAUAGCAAAAGCUCGUCAAAUUUGUAAGAUAUAUUAUUCAUCCUUGAAAAUGAUGAUUUUUAUCCAACAAGGGUGUAGGGAAAAUAUAAAAUUAUCCUUUUAAUCGUUAUCAUUAUUGACAAAACGUAUGUGUGGGUUAAUAAGAGCCGGCAUUUUUAACAUUCGUGAAACGACAAUAAUUUUGAACACGUUUGUACACGACCUACUAAACUACAAUCCAUCGAGACACAUCAAAGUUGAUUCCAAUUACAUUUUCCAACCUACCAAAUCAAUGCAAGCAAAUUAAAGCAAAUACAAAAGCUUCCUCAUUAUUCAACUGGACAAAGAUGAAGAUGUCAACCAGAAUAACAGAACGAACAAAGGAAAUUCGACCGAAAGGUUCCUACAAUAGUAGAAUUAAUCGGUGAACGAGUCCUGCGCCCUGUCCCUUUAUCAUUACUCCAGAGAAAGAGAAAGAGAAAGGAACGAAGAAAGUUGAGGAUUCGUACGUUUGUCGAGCAUACGAAACACAGGAGGUGGGAGGAGGCCGUCUACCUCUCGACGUGGAAUGAUAAUAAAGGAGAACCACGGGACAGACCGGCACAGGGCGACAUUAUGCAAAGAGCGGAUCUGAAUAUACCGAAUUUAUCCCUUAGAUCAUUCCCCCUUGGAAUGGCGAUAGGGGUGCUGGCCGAUAUCGCGAUCAAACUCAUCAUCAGUGGCUACGUACUUGCCGUCGUGUAUGUGAAUGCCACAGGAAACUGGGAUAAGGACGAUGAUUUAGUCGCAACUUUUGAAGUCAGUGCCGUUCUUGGACGUACCGCUAGAUUGCCUUGUGACAUUGAACCGUCCACGCGUGAAGAUCGCGUAUACAUGGUGCUUUGGUUUCGCGACGAUGCUGUGAAACCGAUCUACAGUUUCGACGUCCGAGGAAGAUCAUUUAACAAAGCUCUAAAUUGGUCAGAUAGCACCGUGGUUGGACCGAGAGCUUAUUUCGUCACCAUGACAAAACCAGCCACUCUUUCUCUAGAAGCUGUUCAACUGGACGAUGAAGGAAUCUAUCGGUGUAGAGUAGACUUUAAAAAUUCGCCCACAAAAAAUUUUCAAGUGAAUCUCACAGUAAUAGUUCCACCCUAUCAACUUUUAAUUUAUGAUACUUCUGGUGUGGUGAUAGGGGAUACCGCAGGACCAUUUCAAGUAGGUGUCGAGUUUGGUUUAUCUUGCGAAGUAAGGGGAGGCAAACCAACACCGGUAGUCAGUUGGUUGGUUAACGAGAAAGAAGUGGAUAGCAAAUUAGAAGAAAUUGGAAAGAAUUUAGUUGUCAGUAAAUUAACAGUACCUCAAUUAAGAAGAGAACAUCGUAACACCACGUAUAAAUGUCGAGCCUGGAGCACGAAUCUUAUACCUCCAUUAGAGAAAAGCAUUCUUUUAGACGUUUAUCUGAAACCACUGUCAGUAAAAAUUUUAACGAAACCAACGAUUCUAGAGACGGAAAAAGAUUACUCCAUCACAUGUGAGACUACGGGGUCACAUCCUCAAGCACGUAUUACUUGGAUGGAAGGAAACGCCAUUUAUCACAAUGGCAAAGUACUCAUUGGAGGUAAUUCUUCGGUGGUCAUAAGUACGCUCAUAUUUUCACCGAUCCCGGAUGACCAUGGAAAGAUUCUCAAGUGCCGAGGAGAAAAUCCAAAACUGCCAGAUGCAUAUCUAGAAGACUUUUUUCAAUUAAAUGUAGUUUUUCCACCUAAAGUACAAUUACAUUUGGGCAGUACCUUAAAUGCAGAAAAAAUAAAAGAAGGUGAUGAUGUUUAUUUUGAAUGCAAAGUUCGAGCUAAUCCAGAACACCAUAAAAUUACGUGGAGACACAACGAUGUGAUAUUAACACAAAACCAAUCGGCUGGAAUAAUUAUGAGUACCCAGAGUCUUGUACUGCAAAAAAUAGGUCGUGAUAAUGCCGGAAAUUAUACAUGUCUUGCAAGUAAUGAUCGAGGUGAAACUAUAAGUCCAAUAGUAACUUUAAGAGUACAAUUUGCACCUGUAUGCAAAGCAAAAGAAGUAUCAGUUAUUGGAGCAUCAUUAGAAGAAUCAGUAAAGGUUCGUUGCGAAGUAGAAGCUGAUCCUAACAAAGUAGAAUUUGUUUGGGAAUUCAAUAAUAGCGGAGAAAAUUUCGAAGUUGCACCAGCAAAAUUUGACGAUAACAAUGGAACAACUAGCGAACUUAUUUAUACUCCUGUUUCUGAAAGAGAUUAUGGAGCUUUAACGUGUUGGGGAAGAAACGCGAUAGGAAAACAAGAAGCACCUUGUAUUUAUCAAAUCAUUCCAGCAGUGAAACCAAAUCCUUUGAAUAACUGUACAAUAAAAGCAUCCCUAAAUCAAAGUUCUGAAAUCUUGGAAGUAGAAUGUGUACCAGGAUAUGACGGUGGAUUAAGACAAGAAUUUCGAUUAGAGGCAUACGAAGUCCUUACUGGUAAUUUAAGAGUAAAUGCAUCAAGUGUAUCCGCAGAUGUACCGAUAUUUAGAAUCGCCGUAGCAGAUCUUCUUCCAGCGACCCAUUUUUACCUUGUUACUUAUGCCGUAAAUGCAAAAGGAAGAAGUGAAGUGAGUCUAUUAGAGGAUAUCAUGUUGAGAGAUUCUGAAAAGCACACAGAUAGCGGAGUGAGCAUGGUUCCUCUUAUUUUGCUUCUUAUUGGUUGUCUGAUGGCAUUUGGUGUCACUGUAUUGUCGGUGAUGUUGAUGAUGUAUCGACGCAGAGGUACUACUUCUCCGGUUCACAUUGAGCCCUAUAUGAAACAACCAAUAAUUACUCCUCCAGAUUCGAGGAAUAAUUCCAUGCUUGAUGUCACACAUGGAGAUCAUACUUAUUUCGUUGAAUAUACAUUAAAACAAGUUACUGAUUAUGCACUCAAUAAUCAGCCAGAUAUCAUACAAUCGCCGCAAGAUCAAGAAAAAAUAAAACGUGAAUCACAAUUAUUUUUACCUGUACGACCAGAUACAUUAUUUGCACCAUACGAUAUUCAUAAACAAGGACUUCAAAGUAAUAGAUGCAGCUCAAAUCCAUUCUUCACAAAAUCUUGGGAACCUAUUAGUUUUAAAGCAGAUCGUAAUUUAAUGAAAGAAAUCAUUAUCGCCAACUCUAUACCUGGUCCAGAAAGUUGUGUAUAAAAAAUAUCUUUAAAAAACGAACGAGCCAAACAUAUCAAGAGGACCGAUAUUACAAAGCCUAAAAAACAAUCGUACUGAAUAAUUAUAUUGACAUUGAAAACGAAUGUCAAAUGAAUUGCAACUGGUCUUCUUGUUGAGUUGGUGUAAAUUGCACGACGGAUAGGCACAGUACGAAUAUUACGACGUACAUAUUACACUGCUUACAGGUCAAAUGUCUCAUCAUUGAAAAAUCUAUGGAACUGAAAAAAUUUAGGAAACGUCAAGACUAGUUGCAUAUUAAUUAAAUGCUACACAUGGUGUAUUAUUCCAAGUUUAAUAUAUUUUGUGUCAAGUCUUAGAUGGUUUCCUUAUUCCGAUGAGAAUUUCCCGUAAACAAUAUCCAAUAUCUUCUCCGUCGAUUUAUCUUAAUUUGUUGUGUCUAUCGUGCAUAUUUAAAAUAAUGCAUGUUUGACGUGAGUAUAUCGAAGUGAUGUGACGCAAGAUUUCCCAUUAUUACAAAGAUAUGCGUGAAAAUAAAUGCCGUAAAUUGAUACCAUCAAUGCAAUAAUUCCAGCAAUUAAUACUACCAUACAAAUUUUUCUUCGAAUUCUUUUUAAAGCACAUAAACACCAUGCUUGACCAGUCCAUAUUGUACUCUUUGGAACAAGUAAAGUUUUCGGUGUAGUUUCUCUUACGUUCUUAUAUGAGAUAUAUUCUGGUUCUUGCAUAUAUUUUUUUUGCCAUUCAUUUGAUAUUGAACAUAGUUCAAACUGGAAAAAAAAAUUAUAUUAAUCUUUUUUGAUACAUGAAUAGAAAUUAUAAAUUAGAAUUU